GACGUAUUGUGCUUGGCUGGCGGCGGAGUCCGGCCGAAGCUUUCUGCCGCGGCUCAGGCAGCUGAGCGGAAAAUGGCUCGGACCGUGGCGGCUGAGGCAGCUUGGCUUAUGGAGGAGGCGGAGGCUCAGGCGGCGUGAGGUGAGGAGCGGUCUUGCUAUUUUGGGAACGACAAGGGAAAAACAGAUUAAGGGAAGUUUGGUCUUUUAAGUGGACAUGGCUCAGAUAUCCAGUAACAAUGGAUUUAAGCAGUGUUCAUCUUCACAUGUGGAACCAACGAAAACAAAAGAUGUAGACAAAGAAGAAGCAUUACAGAUGGAAGCAGAGGCUUUAGCAAAAUUGCAAAAAGAUAAACAAGUGACUGAGAAUCAAAGAGGCUUUGAGUCGUCAAGCAGCACCAGACAAAAAGCACAAGUUUAUAACAAACAGGAUUAUGAUCUCAUGGUGUUUCCUGAAUCAGAUACCCAAAAAAGAGCAGUAGAUAUUGAUGUAGAAAAGCUCACCCAAGCUGAACUGGAGAAACUAUUGCUGGAUGACAGUUUUGAGACGAGAAAAACGCCUGUAUUGCCAGUUACUCCUGUCCUAAGCCCUUCGUUUUCAGCACAGCUCUAUCUGAGACCUACUAUUCAGAGAGGACAGUGGCCAACAGGUUUGUCUGGGCCUUCCACUUAUACUUUACCUUCUAUUUGUCAGUCAACUUACAGUAGUAAACAGAGUGCAUUCCAAAAUGGCUUUAAUCCGAGAAUGCCUAGUUUUCCAUCCACAGAACCUAUAUAUUUAAGUCUUCCAAGACAGUCCCCAUAUUUUUCAUAUCCUUUGACACCUGGCACACCCUUUCAUCCACCAGGAAGCUUACCUAUUUAUCGUCCAGUAAUCAGUCCUGACAUGGCAAAGCUGUUUGACAAAAUAGCUAGUACAUCAGAAUUUUUAAAAAAUGGAAAGGCAAGGACUGAUUUGGAAAUAACAAAUUCGAAAGCUACAAUCAGCAAUCUACAGGUAUCUCCAAAGUCUGAAGAUAUCAGUAAAUUCGACUGGCUAGAUUUGGAUCCUUUAAGUAAGCCUAAGGUGGACAAUGUGGAGGCAUUAGGCCAUGAAGAAGAGACAAAUGUUCCGGGUUUGCUAGCAGAGGAUCCUUGGGAUGCCGUUCUUCUUGAAGAGCGAUCACCAGCAAGCUGUCACCUUGAGAGAAAGGUGAACGGAAAAUCUCUUUCUGGGACGAUGGUAACAAGAAGCCAGUCUUUAAAUAUUCGAACAACUCAGCUUAUAAAAGUCCAGGGCCAAAUAUCUCAGAAAGACCCAAAGGGGACCAGUAGUUUGCCAAUUGGAAGUUCUCUUCUACAAGAAAUUGAAGUACAGAAUGAAGAAGUGGCAGCUUUUUGUCAAUCCAUUACAAAAUUGAAGACCAACUUUCCAUAUACCAAUCACCGCACAAAUCCAGGCUAUUUGUUAAGUCCAGUCACAGUACAAAGAAACGUAUGUGGAGAAAAUGCUAGUGUGAAGGUCUCCAUUGAAAUUGAAGGAUUUCAACUACCAGUUACUUUUACAUGUGAUGUGAGUUCUACUGUGGAUAUCAUUAUAAUGCAAGCCCUUUGCUGGGUGCAUGAUGACUUGAAUCAAGUAGAUGUUGGCAGCUAUGUUCUGAAAGUUUGUGGUCAAGAGGAAGUGCUGCAGAAUAAUCAUUGCCUUGGAAGUCAUGAAUAUAUUCAAAACUGUCGGAAAUGGGACACAGAGAUUAAACUACAACUUUUGACCUUCAGCGCAAUGUGCCAAAAUCUGUCCCGAACUGCAGAAGAUGAUGAAACUCCUGUGGAUUUAAACAAACACCUGCAUCAAGUAGAAAAACCUUAUAAAGAAGUCACGGCAAGACACCCUGUCGAAGAACUUUUAGAUUCUUAUCACAACCAAGUGGAGCUGGCUCUUCGAAUUGAAAACCAGCACCGAGCAGUAGACCAAGUAAUUAAAGCCGCAAGAAAAAUCUGUAGUGCUUUAGAUGGUGUAGAGACUGUUGCCAUUACAGAAUCGGUAAAGAAGCUCAAGAGAGCAGUUAACCUCCCAAGGAGUAAAAGUGCUGAUGUGACUUUACUCUCUGGAAAAGAAGACAAUAACAAGAGUUCAUCCAGGGGCUCACUGAAUCCUGAAAAUCCUGUUCAAGUAAGCCUGGACCAGUUAACUGCAGCAAUUUAUGAUCUUCUCAGACUCCAUGGAAAUUCUGGUAGGAGUCCUGCAGACUGUACCCAAAGUAACAGGAACAUCAAGGAAGCGUGGACUACCAUGGAACAGCUCCAGUUUACCGUUUUUGCUGCACAUGGAAUUUCAAGUAACUGGGUAUCAAAUUACGAAAAAUACUACUUGAUAUGUUCUCUGUCUCACAAUGGAAAGGAUCUUUUUAAACCUAUUCAAUCAAAGAAGGUUGGCACUUACAAGAAUUUCUUCUAUCUUAUUAAAUGGGAUGAACUAAUCAUUUUUCCCAUCCAGAUAUCACAGUUGCCAUUAGAAUCACUUCUUCACCUGACUCUUUUUGGAAUUUUAAAUCAGAGCAGUGGGAGUUCCCCUGAUUCUAAUAAGCAGAGAAAGGGGCCAGAAGCUUUGGGCAAAGUUUCUUUACCUCUUUUUGAUUUUAAACGGUUUUUAACAUGUGGAACUAAGCUUCUGUAUCUUUGGACUUCGUCACAUGCAAACCCUGUUCCUGGAACAGUCCCCAAGAAAGGAUGUAUGAUGGAAAGAAUCGUGUUACAGGUUGAUUUUCCUUCUCCUACAUUUGAUAUCAUUUAUACCACUCCUCAAGUUGACAGAAGCAUUGUACAGCAACACGACUUAGAAACACUGGAGAAUGACAUAAAAGAGAAACUUCUGGAUAUUCUUCACAAGGAUUCAUCACUUGGACUUUCUAAAGAAGACAAAGCCUUUUUGUGGGAGAAACGUUAUUAUUGCCUCAAAUACCCAAAUUGUCUUCCUAAAGUACUAGCAAGUGCCCCAAAUUGGAAAUGGGUUAAUCUUGCCAAAACUUACUCAUUGCUUCAGCAAUGGCCUCCUUUACAGCCACUGACUGCAUUGGAGCUUCUUGAUUCAAAAUUUGCUGAUCAGGAAGUGAGGUCUCAAGCUGUGACCUGGAUCGAGGCUAUUAGUGAUGAUGAGCUAACAGAUCUUCUUCCACAGUUUGUGCAGGCUUUGAAAUAUGAAAUUUAUUUGAACAGUUCAUUAGUGCGCUUCCUUCUGUCCAGGGCAUUGGGAAAUAUACAGAUAGCACACAAUCUAUAUUGGCUCCUCAAGGAUGCCCUGCAUGAUGCACAGUUUGGUGCCCGAUAUGAACAAGUUUUGGGUGCUCUCCUCUCCGUGGGAGGAAAAGGCCUCAGAGAAGAACUCCUGAAGCAGACAAAACUUGUGCAGCUUUUAGGAGGAGUAGCAGAAAAAGUAAGGCAGGCUAGCGGGUCAUCCAGACAGGUUGUCCUCCAAAGGAGUAUGGAACGAGUACAGUCUUUUUUUCUAAGAAACAAAUGUCGCCUCCCUCUCAAUCCAAGUCUUGUGGCAAAAGAAUUAAAUAUUAAGUCAUGUUCCUUCUUCAGUUCCAAUGCUGUGCCCCUAAGAGUUACAAUGGUCAAUGCUGAUCCAAUGGGGGAAGAAAUCAAUGUCAUGUUUAAGGUUGGUGAAGAUCUUCGGCAAGAUAUGUUAGCUUUACAGAUGAUAAAGAUUAUGGACAAGAUCUGGCUUAAAGAAGGACUAGAUCUGAGGAUGGUAAUUUUCAAAUGUCUCUCAACUGGCAGAGAUCGCGGCAUGGUGGAACUAGUUCCUGCUUCAGAUACCCUCAGGAAAAUCCAAGUGGAGUACGGUGUCACUGGAUCCUUUAAAGAUAAACCACUUGCCGAGUGGCUGAGGAAAUACAAUCCCUCUGAAGAGGAAUAUGAAAAGGCUUCUGAGAAUUUUAUCUAUUCUUGUGCUGGAUGCUGUGUAGCCACCUAUGUUUUAGGCAUCUGUGAUCGACACAAUGACAAUAUAAUGCUUCGAAGCACAGGACACAUGUUUCACAUUGACUUCGGGAAGUUUCUGGGCCAUGCACAGAUGUUUGGUAGCUUCAAAAGGGAUCGGGCUCCUUUUGUGCUGACCUCUGAUAUGGCGUAUGUCAUCAAUGGGGGUGAAAAGCCCACCAUUCGUUUUCAGUUGUUUGUGGACCUCUGCUGUCAGGCCUAUAACUUGAUAAGAAAGCGAACAAACCUCUUUCUUAACCUCCUUUCACUGAUGAUUCCUUCGGGGUUACCAGAGCUUACGAGUAUUCAAGAUUUAAAAUAUGUCAGAGAUGCGCUUCAGCCACAAACUACAGAUGCAGAAGCCACAAUUUUCUUUACUAGGCUGAUUGAAUCAAGUUUGGGAAGCAUUGCCACGAAGUUUAACUUCUUCAUUCACAACCUUGCCCAGCUUCGUUUUUCUGGCAUCCCUUCCAAUGAUGAGCCCAUCCUUUCAUUUUCACCCAAAACGUAUUCCUUUAGACAAGAUGGUCGGAUCAAGGAAGUCUCUGUUUUUACUUAUCAUAAGAAAUACAACCCAGAUAAACAUUACAUUUAUGUAGUUCGAAUUUUGAGGGAAGGACAGCUUGAGCCCUCAUUUGUGUUCCGGACAUUUGACGAAUUUCAAGAACUUCACAACAAGCUCAGUAUUAUUUUUCCACUUUGGAAGUUACCAGGCUUUCCUAAUAAGAUGGUUCUAGGAAGAACACACAUAAAAGAUGUAGCAGCCAAAAGAAAAAUUGAAUUAAACAGUUACUUACAAAGUUUGAUGAGUGCUUCAACGGAUGUAGCAGAGUGUGAUCUUGUUUGUACUUUUUUUCACCCUUUACUUCGCGAUGAGAAAGCUGAAGGCAUAGCUAGGUCUGCAGAUGCAGGUCCCUUCAGUCCAACUCCAGGCCAAAUAGGAGGAGCAGUGAAAUUGUCUGUCUCUUACCGAAAUGGUACUCUUUUCAUCAUGGUGAUGCACAUCAAAGAUCUUGUUACUGAAGAUGGGGCUGACCCAAAUCCAUAUGUCAAAACAUACCUGCUUCCAGAUACCCACAAAACAUCCAAACGUAAAACCAAAAUUUCACGAAAAACUAGGAAUCCAACAUUCAACGAAAUGCUUGUGUACAGUGGAUAUAGCAAAGAAACAUUGAGACAGAGAAAACUUCAACUAAGUGUACUCAGUGCUGAAUCGCUGCGGGAGAAUUUUUUCUUGGGUGGAAUAACCCUGCCUCUGAAAGAUUUCAACUUGAGCAAAGAGACCGUUAAGUGGUAUCAGCUGACUGCUGCAACUUAUUUAUAAGCUAGUGAAUGUCUGAGCUUUGGAAGCACAAACAGUUAUAAAUAUGUGCGCGCACACACACACACAUACACUUGAGAACUUUGUAUAGUAUUUUUAUAUUUGGACAGAAAUUGUAAAGUAAAUGUACUUGCUGCAUUUCAGCACGUGUUGGACCAACAGUCACAUACCUAACUUUUAUGAAUUUGUUGAAGACAUUGCCGUUUUAAAGUCAUUAUAUAGAAUGCUAUAAACCCUAAACUUAAUAUAUAUUAACUCCUGAAAAAGACUUUGAGUUGGUGAAGGAUUUCAUCCUCUCGUGAUUAAUUCAGAGUCAUAGCUUUAGUUUGGUGUAGUUUGCAUUGUUUCUUACACAGACACAGCAUGUUUGUUUUCGUGUUUUUGCACCUUCUGCAGCCUUUACCACUGUGCAUGUUUGCAAACACCAAAGGACGGGAACGGUGCAGGGUGUUACCAUAAAACGCAGCUGCUGUUCACAGGGCUGAAAAGCAAAGCACAAACAAUAGAUAGUUAUGUUAAGAACUACUAAGUAGUUUAGAGAAGUAAGGGGAAAUAAUACUGAUUUUUAUUAUUCAUGUCUUUAAAGCCCUUUUCAGAAUUAAGUGCCAAUCACUGAAGUUGUAAAUAAUGGUGCCUUCACUUCACAGGCUUCCCUGGCACUUCAUUCUGAUAUUUUUUUCCUGACUUGAUAAAUAUUUAGUAAGUAGUUUUCACUCACUUUCAACUUACUCAAGACAAAAAAUUAUGUAUAUUUACUAGCAUAUACUAGUAUAGUAUAUUUUUCCCAUAGAAAGAUCAUUUUCUCUACUCCUGAUGUAUGACUUAGUUAUUUAAACAGUCAGCCAUUUGAUUUGUUUUUGUUGCCCAGUAACUGAAUGAGAUUCAUUGAUGUAGCUGUACACUAAAUUCCAUCAUUCCGUUACAAUCCUACAUUUAUUCCUAGGAGUGUGAGUUGCAGUUUGGUAGUUUCGCUUCCGUAUAUCUAUACUCCACUCCUGCAUUAAACAAGUGAAAAUUGUUUACCCAUUUUCCCAUACCUGUUUGGUAGAAGAACUCCAUGCGUAGGUCAGACUCUUCACAAGAGGCCCAGGACAAGAAUUCUAGGGUCCAGAUUGAAUUUUAAUAUAGAUUUUGAUGGCAAAGUUUGUCUUGUAAGCUGUCCUACUGACAUUUGUAAACAUUGUACAUUCACGUAAAUCACUCUACUUAAUAUGAUUCAGAAUCAUAAGGGACAUGAUUGAAAUUAUUCUACAGCAACCAUUAAGAAUAAUAUUCGUUUUUAUAGUUAUUCAUUCAACUUCACACAGUUAAGAAUAUACAAUAUUCUCAUGGCUAAAAUAGAAAUUCGCUUUUUAAAUUAGAGAUUGUAGCAAUCUCGGUGCUGUGAGAUAACUGACAAAAUAUGCAAUGAAGAAUACCAAGAAAGGAUAAUUCAGUUGUCCAGAACAGAAUUUUUACAAACUGUGCAAAUGUUUAACGAAAGUGAUGAUACCUGCAGAGCAGAAAUAGAAGAGUUGAGGAUGUAUCAAUGGGACGGACUUUUUAACAAAAAACAAAAACUUGAAAUUUUUGGUGCCUAACACUAAUGGUCCAUUUGUAGGAAACCUUGUGAGUAUGCUAUAUGAAUGUCACCAUCGUUUAUUUUCUUUUUCCACAUAUAGUUAACAUUUUCAUAAAGUGUAUAAGUAGCUUUGCAAAUGUAAAGAAGUACUAGAUAGUUUCAUUUAAACUUUUGAGACCUAAUUCCAUUCCAUGAGUUGUCACUUAGCCACUGUAAAAUGAAAGUACAGUUUUGGUAAAAGGUCAUUAUUGAAUUCAAUGUAUACUGCCUAUUUGUAGUUCGUUAUUGCAGUGUCUCUUAGCACAAAUAAUAGAACUAGAAAAUGUGAUGUCACUUUUCAAUUAUAAGAAAUCUGGAUUCUUAUCUAAAAGUGUAUAUUAUGAUUAAUACUGUACAGUUAACAGAGUUCAGAACAAGUGGUAAUGUUUUCUCUUAAUUUAACUCAUUUUGUGCAUUUUUUGGUCAUUAAAAUACCACACACACUUAACAUAUAUUUUAAUAUAAGUUAUUUCUUUGUGAAAUACUAAUCUUUAGCCCUUACCAAAAAAAAGGGGGGUGGGGGGCAGAGGCGCCUUUUUGCACUACUAUCAAUAGAUUUUAAAUCAGUUGUUUUUUUUAACAUUUUUUUAAAGCUUGCAUUAAAGUAAAUCAAACAAAAGUUUAAACAAACCGGCCAAGACACUAAUUUUUAUGUAUACUCACAAAGUUUUGUAUCUUUAUCGAAUAAAAAUAAUUACGCUACACGUAAGUCCUGCACCAGAAGAAUUCUUUCCUCUUGCAGUGUUUUGGGACUUGAAAAUAAUGGUUUACUCCAAGAAGCUAUUAUUUUCUCUACUGAGGAACCCAAUGUAUGAACUUGCACUGACAUUCUUAUUAUUGCCUUUAUAAAAAUCAUAGGUAUCUAAACGUUAAGGCAUGAAUGACCUUUGAUAAAGUAUUCUUUUAUGUUUUCAAAUUAAAGUUGUAUAAAAUUUUCAAUAUCUUGCCUUAAAUGGGAUAACUAUUUUUUCUAGGAUUCAAGUAUUGUUGCAUUUAAAAAAGGAAACAGUCAAUUUUGAUACUUCAGAUAAAAAAGGACUAAAGCGGCACUCUUUAUCUUUAAUCAAAAGAUUUACUUACAUGCAGGUUUGACUAGCAGUGCAAAUAUGAAUGAAUAUAGCAAUUAGUCUCAUCUAUAAGAACCAAAUACUUUAAUUAUAUUAAGGUAGUGAAUAAAGAUGUAUGAUAUUUUAUUAAUACCUUGAAUAUAUUCAGUGGAUUGGAUGUGACUUCGUAACUGUACUAUGAUUGUAUUAAAAUAUUUCUGGAAUAAAGGAACACUGCUUUCA